UUUUAUAAUGCAUUUUGUUAAAAAGAAUCAAGUAAGUGAAGUUGAAAAAAGUGCUUACGAGAAGAAGAGAGCGGCAAAAUUGGAACGUUUUGUUCAAAUGAAGAGCAGAAUCUUUGAAAAAAGAGAAAUUGGUGAAUAUGAUGAAGAAAUUAUGGAAUUAACGGCAGAACUUUUAGGGAAGCAUGCAGAUAUUUAUACAUUUUGGAAUAUUAGAAGAGAAGCUAUUGAACAGAUUUCUGUGAAUAUUGAACGAAAAUCAAAAUUACUAGAUAAAGAAUUGAAGUUGACACAGGAAUGUUUAAUGAAAAACCCAAAAUCUUAUUCUAGUUGGCAUCAUCGUUUUUUAGUUGUAAGUCAACAUCCUAAAAUUAAUUAUAAAGAAGAAUUGGCACUUUGUGAUAAUGCUUUGGCAUUAGAUUGUCGAAACUUUCAUUGUUGGGAUCAUAGACGUUCUGUUGCCAAAUUGGCUAAACUAAAUGAUAUGGAUGAAUUAAGUUUCUCUGAUCGAUUAAUUGGCAAAAAUCCAAGUAACUAUUCAGCGUGGCAUUAUAGAGGUACUUUGUUGCCCAAACUUGAAGAAAACCGCCGGGAAAAUUCUGAGAACCGACUAAUGACUGAUGAAUGUCUGAAAGGAGAAUUCGAGAAAGUUCUCCACGUUUGUGGUGUUAAUUCCGAGGAUCAAACUGCCUGGACAUAUUGUCGUUGGCUUGUUGAAUUGGCAACAAAUGGAUUGCCAGUUUCACCACAAGUUGUUGCAGCAAAAUUUUUAGAUUCAACAACAGUUCUUGUUGUAUUUUCUGAAGCAGUUAACAAACAAAUGGUUAAAAAUACUUUUUUGUUUGAUGAUUCUAAAUUGAUAAAAUUUGAAUCGAUUUCUCCAUUUAAAACUUCUAAUUAUGUAUCAGAAUUUAAAUAUUCUCGUGUUUGGUUAUUAUCAAAUAUUUCUAAUCCAUUAUUAAUUUCUACAUUAAAUGAAGAAGGAAAGAAUGACAGCGAAAUAAAGCAAAUUAAUGUUGAUAAAAUUUUUAUAAAUAAAUUUUAUUUUCAAGAGAAGUUUUCUUCAUCGGCCGUCAAAAUAAGAGAAUUGCCUAAAAAAUGUUUGAAUGAUUUAGUUAAAUUGUGUAAUGAUUUAAUACCUGUUGAAGACAAUCCGUGGGCACUUGCUGCACUUACUCGAGCGACGUUUCUUCUAGAAGGAAAUAAUAAACAAACAUUUGAAUUAGCUAAAGAUAAUUGUGACAAAUUAAAGGUAAUAACUAAUUCAAAAGCAAAUUUUUAA